AAUUCCAAAGCCGUUGGGGACAUUUUCUACCUAGCCAAUCACCCCAUCAAAGAAAAAACAAAGAAAAGAAAAGAAAAGAAAAGAAAAGAAAAGCAUAGAAAUUGAGCAGCGGAUAUAUGUUAUCGUGGCACAAGUACAACAAAAGCAAUACAAAACAAAAAGAAGCAAAAUCAGCAAAUAGCCUUUUAACACCUUCCUCACCAAGCCUUGUUUUUCACUCCUCCUCCAUCUCUCUUUCUAUUCUCCUCCCCAAAAAGCUCAUUUCUCAUUUCUUUCUUUCUUUCUCCAGUGGUUGUGGUGGUGGAGGGGAAGGAGGCGAACCUAAUUGCGAAGUGAGAGAGAGAAGAACUCAGCAAUGGAAACUACAACAAGACUUCAAGAAAGCAAAAACCCAUCUCCAAUAAACUCUCCUCGAAGCAACGGAAGCAACAACGGUGUCCAAAUCCACACCCUACCUUUCUCUCCAAUACCCAUCUCCAGAUCUGACGCUAACCCUUACCCGACAACAUUUGUCCAAGCAGAUACCUCUACUUUCAAACAAGUAGUUCAGAUGCUAACUGGCUCUACAGAAACAGCAAAGCAAGCUUCCUCAAGAACAGCUCAAGAUCCACCACCAACACCCACCUCUACUACUACAAGAAACUUCACCAUCCCUCCUAUCAAAAGCAUGCCAAAGAAACAACAAAAUAGCUUCAAGCUCUACGAAAGGAGAAACAACAACUUUAAAAACAGUCUCAUGAUCAACACUUUGUUGCCUAGUUUUGCAAGUAACAACUCGGUUUCAGGAUUUUCGCCAAGAAACAAGCAGGAGAUCUUGUCUCCAAGCUUGCUUGACUUCCCUAAGCUGACACUUAGCCCAGUAACUCCAUUAACUAAUGAAGAUCCUUUCAACAAAAGCCCCCCAUCUUUAGGGAAUUCUUCGUCAGAGGAGGAGAGAGCAAUAGCGGAGAAGGGAUUUUACUUGCAUCCAUCGCCUAUAUCUACACCUAGAGAUUCAGAACCCCAAUUGCUGCCACUAUUUCCAGUGACCUCACCAAAAGUUUCAGGAUCUUGAUUUUCUUGAAGAUGGAAGAGAAAAAGGAGCUUCAGGAGUUUAUGGGGUUUGGAUGGUUUUGGUUUUUGAGGGAGAGGUAGUGAUCUUUGGUUUAAUUGUACAAUCUCAUCUCUCUUUUCAUGAUAAUAUAUGGUUAAGUGAUCUUUGUUUA